AUGGCCGCCCCUCAGAGCCCGGUCAGGGACAAGCAGUCGCACGGCAAUUUCAACGUCGACUAUGUGAUUGCUUAUGAUAUCCCCGCAAAAGAAUCCGCCGAAGCAGAAGCCACCUUCACCCAACUCAUCGAGGCCCUCUCGGCGGUAGGCUUCGCAACCGAAGUCCGUCCGGGCCGCACGGCAUCCUCCCUUCUAGUCUUCGUCAAGCUCGCGUCCCCUUCCCUCCUCAAGUCCCAAAUCUACCGCGCCCGCGUCCAGGACUGGCUCUUUGGCGUGCGGCCCUCUGCCCCCGCCCCCUCCGACAGCAACAACACCUCUCCCGACAACAAAACCGAUGCCAUCAACCGCUACUUCGCCGAGGAGGAGCCCGUGACGGAGGCCGAGCGGCUGCGGCUCGCCUACGAGCUGAUCACGCGGCCGCGCAACGAGGGUGGCGCGGGGAUCACGCCCAAGCGCGGCCAGUGGCGCUUUGUCGCCAGCAUCUUUCCGCUGCACGACCGCGCCUUCAACCGUGCCUGGAUCUCCGCCUGGAGUCGUAAGUACUAUCUGGAUGAGACCGACAUCGGCAGUAUUCGCGACCGGUUUGGCGAGCGCGUUGCUUUUUAUUUUGCGUUUCUGCAGUCGUAUUUCUUGUUUUUGGUGUUCCCUGCUGCGCUUGGCUUUGCGGCUUGGCUGUUGCUAGGCCCCUUCUCGUGGGUUUAUGCCGUGGUGAAUUGUUUGUGGGCCGUGGUGUUCUUUGAGCAUUGGAAGAUGAAGGAGGUGGAUUUGGCUGUGCAGUGGGGGGUCAGGGGCGUCGGCAGGAUCCAGCUGCCACGGUCGCAGUUCAAGUUUGAACGAGAGGGUAUCGACUCCGUCACGGGGGAGGUGGUCAAGGUGUACUCGCCCUUCAAACGGCUGGCGAGGCAGUUGCUGCAGGGACCGUUCGCUCUGGCGUGUGUCGUGGUGCUGGGCGGGCUGAUCGUCAGCUGCUUUUCCAUUGAGAUCUUCAUCAACGAGGUUUACAACGGGCCGUUUAAGCAGUAUCUGGCCUUCCUGCCAACCAUCCUCCUCACCAUCCUCAACCCCACCCUCACCACGCUGCUCACCCGCCUAGCUCAAAAUUUGACUGAGUUUGAGAACUACCGGACUCACGAUGCCCACCAAGCAUCCUUUGUCCAAAAGAUCUUCGUCAUCAACUUCAUCACCUCGUACCUACCCAUCUUCCUAACGGCCUUUAUCUACGUGCCGUUCGGCAAGAUCCUGGUGCCCUACCUCGACGUGUUCCAGCUCACAGUGCAGCGCUUCACCGCGGAAGGGCAGCCCCUGCCAACCAAGGAGUGGGAGAUCAACCCCAACCGGCUCACCAAGCAAGUCAUUUACCUGACCGUCACGGCGCAAGUGGUUAACCUCGCCACCGAGUUCAUUGUCCCGUACGCGAAGCGCAAGAUCUUCCGCACGGUAGAGCGCGUGCAAUCCGAGCUCUCGGAGAAGAACGCCGCCGCCGCCGCCGCAGGGGGAAAGGCCACCACAAACCAACCGCGGCGCCCCGACGAGCCCGAGGAGGCUGAGUUCCUAGAGCGGGCGCGCGAGGAAGCCGAGCUAGACGAAUACGAUGUGACCAUCGAUUACCGCGAGAUGGUGGUACAGUUCGGGUACCUCUCCCUCUUCUCCGUCGUGUGGCCCUUGACCGCCUGCUCCUUCCUCGUCAACAACUGGGUCGAAGCCCGGUCCGACGCCAUGAAGAUCGCGACCAACUGCCAGCGGCCGAUCCCCUGGCGCGCCGACUCGAUCGGCCCCUGGCUCGACGCGCUGGGCUUCCUGUCGUGGCUAGGCAGCCUGACCAGCGCCGCGCUCGUCUUCCUCUUCAAGAACGGCACCGCUUUUCCCAGUGGCUCCCCCUGGGACAUCCGCGCCUGGGCCCUCCUGCUGGCUGUGCUCUUUGCCGAGCACCUGUACCUGCUCGUCCAGCUCGUCGUCCGCGGCGUCGUCCGCAAGCUCGACUCCCCCGGCCUGCAGAAGGAGCGCUCCGAGCGCUAUGCUAUCCGCAAGCGCCUGCUGGAGAAGAUGGUCGAGUGGGAUGUGAGUGGUGCCGAGACGGCUGGGCCGGGAGUCAGUGGUGGGGAGAAGAUUACGAGGGCGGUGUUGGAGGAGGAGGCGAGGAGGCUUUCGGUGGUGGGGGAAGGCAGGCCGGAACAACUGUGA